AUAUUUGUAUUAACAUUUAACAGUGCUGUCCACAAAGUCUUUCUUUCAGCCGAAUUCUUCUUCUUCCUCCUCCUCUCACUAUUUCCAGCUAGCUAUGAGAAGGAAAAUAUCUCUCCCCCAACCCUAAAAGGGAAGAAAAAAAGGAAAUACUGAUUUCAUUUCUUACUUCACUUCAUCAUCUUCAACAUCUUCAAUUCAAUUUCAGGUCAACUUCAUAUAUGCUCUUGAGAAAAUCUUCUCAGAUUUACUCAAAUCUCGAUCCAAUUGGAUGAUGAAUUUCAUGCCUAAUAGUAUCCAUGCUCAAGCUAAUUUCAAUGAUGAUGAAGAAGAUGAGAAUCAGAUCACUCCAACCAUGACCCACAUCACCUCCAGAGGUUCCAGGAUGGAGCUCAGUGGAGAAGAAACCAGAGACCUAGAUGAGGAUACCAACAAUAACAACAACAACAAUGAAGAUUCACCUUCCGAUGCAAGUUUAUCACUUGGAUUAGCCUCAAGUGGAAGCAACAGCAAUGUCGGAGUAAUUAUAGAGAAGGAACACAUGUUUGAUAAGGUUGUAACUCCGAGUGAUGUCGGAAAACUCAACCGUUUAGUCAUACCUAAACAGCACGCGGAGAGGUACUUUCCUUUGGAUUCAUCUACAAAUGAGAAAGGACUGUUGCUUAACUUUGAAGAUAGGACCGGGAAACCAUGGCGAUUUCGUUACUCUUACUGGAAUAGUAGCCAGAGUUACGUCAUGACUAAAGGAUGGAGCCGAUUUGUUAAGGAGAAGAAGCUUGAUGCUGGUGAUAUUGUUUCAUUUCAGAGAGGUGUUGGUGAAAUCGGUAAAGAUAGACUCUUUAUUGACUGGCGGCGCCGCCCUGAGACUGUACCUCCAGACACUCUCCACCUUCCUCAUACCUCUUUUCAUUCACUCGGAGGUUACUUUUCGUUUGAUAAUUACCGAUCUUAUCAUCAACAACAUCAGCAUCCAUGGAACAACAACAGCCCCAGCAACAAUCCUUACUUCCAUUCCGGACCGUCGACUCGGGACCACCGCUCGCUGUUUUUGCAACAAACUGCACCAAAUUAUCAACAAUAUCAUCAUCAUCAGCAACAUCAGCAACAGCAGCAGCAAGUUCGAGCUCAAGCUCCUUAUGGGUAUGGCGGAGAAAUAGUUGGAAGUGGAUACCAAAUGAAUCAGGCGUUAAUGUAUCAACUCAGAUCCGGAGCUCAGGCACAUCCAUCGUCGCGUGUCGGAAUGGUACAAGAGCCAGUGGAUGGAGGAGGAGAAAGCAUGGUGUACGAUUCCGUACCUGUCGUUCAAGGAAAGGCAGCGAAGAAGAGGCUAAGACUAUUUGGCGUGAAUAUGGACUGUCCUUUGCCACCACCAGAAUCAUCAUCUCCAAGCGAGGAACCCACUUCAAUUUCUCAUCCCCAAUUGAGGCCUGGACAAGUAAUGCCACCACAUUUUCUAGACAAGGGGAAAUCAACGUCACCCUCAUCCUCGUUCGAUUUGGAUAUCUGAUUCAAAAGGUGGGGGAAAACAACCUAUAAAUCUCUAUAAUCGCAAUAGCUAUAAUGGGUUUUCGCCAAUAAACUCGGAUCAUUCCAAAACAAGUCGAAGAUCUUCCGAAAAUCCGGGUGAAGAGAAAUUAAACUAUGUCAAUUUCAGUUUCGGUGAUGUACAAUUAUAGGUUUGAAUUUCAGAUAAUUUAUAUACAUUUUCUUUAGACACAUGGCGGUAUAGAUCCUUAAUUCCGUUUCCCCGUGAUUUCAUGCUCUUUUCUUAAUCUUAUUAAUGUAGUACCCUUCUCAAGAAUUUUCCCAUUAAUUUAGUUGAUCUUAUGAACA